AUGCCCAAAGUCGCAGCCGGCGUGAAAUUGCCGGCGAGUAAUCUGCUUCACCUCCUCUACUGCACCUCCUCUGCUGCACCUCCUCUGCUUCACCUCCUCUGCUGCACCUCCUCUGCUGCACCUCCUCUGCUUCACCUCCUCUGCUGCACCUCCUCUUCUUCACCUCCCCCUCCUGCACCUCCUCUGCCUCUCCGUGAUCCAGAAUCUGCCUCGUCUCCGUUGGCCUACAUUGGUGUCGUGUCGGUGCUGAGUCUGCACAGCACCAGGAUAGAGCCUGUUCCAGCUGCAGGAGGGAGGUCUUAG